CCCGCCGAAUAUAUAAGAGCAGCGUCUUCCCAUCAUCUGUACAUUAGCUCACACACCGACCCCAGACAUGAAGGUUCUCGUACUCAUUGCUUUGGUGGGCGCCGCGUGCGCCGCCGCUCUUCCUGCGGAUGCUCCGGUCCCCGUGACAGACACUGAGGAAGUGAUGAAAGCCAAAGCAGAGUUCAAGGCAGCCUUCGAGGCCGCCGCCGCCGCUGCUGCUGCUGACGAGGUCCCACAGGUGAUUCUUCCCGGAGGAGCUCCCCUCCCUGUUGAAGACACUGCAGAAGUCGCUGCUGCCAAGGCUAACUUCCAGGCUGCUUUUGACGCCGCUGCAGCUCGUGCUGAAGCCGCCCCCGACACCGACCUGGAUGGUAAAAUCUCCACCUACACCGGCCUCCUCUCCACCAUCGACGGCAGACUGUCUCCCCUCUACACUAACACCUUCCCAUACGGGGCCUACGGUCUUAACGCUCCUGCACUUGCUGGAGCCCCUUUGGCCUACAGCGGUCUUGGCUUCCCAGGUUAUGGCCUCCACGGUGGUUAUGGUAAUAGCCUCUUCGGUGGUUAUGGCCUCCAAGGUGGCUAUGGCCUCCAAGGUGGCUAUGGCCUCCAGGGAUAUCCUUUCAUCAAGUUUGCAGCUGAUGAGGCAUAGACCUCCUCUACUUGGUUACCUUGUCACUGUGUGAGAUUUUUGUCUUGUAUAUAACCUUCCUUUGUAAAUAUCACUGCAUUGUAAAAUCACUUCUUAAACAGCAUGAAAAACAAACAUUAUUCAAAUGAAAAUUUUGUACUAAAUUUCUUCAAAUUAAAGCUGCAAACGUUU